AUGCCGUGCACCGUUAAACAACUGUAUGCACAAUUUCAAAGGGCGUUGUUGUCGAACAAUACUGUAUCCCCCAUCGUCAACGGGUACAUAUCCAACAUCACCAGACUGAAAAAUGUGUCCUUUAUCAACAUCAACGACGGGACUACAAGUCAACCUUUGAAAUUGGUCCUCAAGAACAAGCCACAGGAUGCGCUAAGAGUAGGACAAACAGUGCAACUGGAAAGUGGGCACAUCGUACUCACACCAACGCGCCCACAACCGUUCGAAAUAUCAGUCGAUUCCCUACGGUUGCUUGGUAAUGUACCAGACAAUUUCCCCCUACAACAGAAACAACUCGUAAACUUGGCCAAGAUCAGAUCAAAGUACCCGCUGUGGAAGUUCAAGUACAACAAGCUUGCCCAGAUUUUGAGGUUUAGAUCCUCCCUGGAGUUGUCCCUUGCCAACAAGUUGGACCAAAUCGGGUUCACGAAAGUGGACGCCCCACUACUGACAAACAACGACACGGAGGGACACAACGAGACUUUCAAAGUCUCCGCUGCAGAGUGGAACUCUAAAAACAUCAACCUCACUGUGUCCACUCAGUUGCAUUUGGAGGUCCUCGCACAAUCCUUGUCCAACGUCUACGCUUUGUCCCCAUGCUUUCGAGCAGAGGGAAGCGAUACGGGGAGACAUUUGGCAGAGUUUUGGAUGCUAGAAUUGGAAUCCACUAACUGGGGACACUUACCACAGCUAAUAUCGGGGGUGCAGGACUUGUUGAUCCAAGUCGUACAAAAUAUCCCACAGAAUAUCAGGGAUGAAUUUAAGGAGGACAUUGAAGUACAGGAAAGGUGGGGGAGGAUCACCAACGAGAACAACUGGCACCAGGUAGAGUAUCGCGAUGUGAUCAAAGAGUUACAGAACAACAAACACUUGUUUCAAAUUGCACCCCCCACAGAACACACGUUCCAGACUACAGGGAUAUCAUCAGAACAUGAGAAAUGGAUUGCCGAGAAGUUGUUCAACAACGGUUACGUUUUCAUCAAGAACUAUCCGAAAUCAUUGAAGCCGUUUUAUAUGAAACCAAAUUCAGAUGACACAGUCCAGUGCUUUGAUCUGAUAUUCCCACAAAUAGCGGAAGUGAUCGGUGGAUCUGUUCGUGAGGACCUUCCCGCAAGCCUAAAAGAUCUCCCUCGAGAUCUCGAUUGGUACAGAGAACUUAGAACAGUCGGUUAUAGACCAACAGGUGGGUUUGGCCUCGGGUUGGAAAGGUUUAUUGCAUAUCUGUUGAACAUCCCCAACGUAAAGGAUACUGUUCCAUUUUACAGAGUAAUGAAUUCUGAGAUAGUUCUGUGA